AUGGCGAUAGUUGUGUUACUGAUAGGAAUAUUAACUCAAACAAUAUUAGGUCAAGUUAUAAUAAAUACUGAACCUAAUGAACUGGUUGAUAGAGAAUCAGGUCAAGUUAUAAUAAAUACUGAACCUAAUGAACUAGUUGAUGGAGAAUCUGGUCAAGUUAUAAUAAAUACUGAACCUAAUGAACUAGUUGAUGGAGAAUCUGGUCAAGUUAUAAUAAAUACUGAACCUAAUAAACUAGUUGAUGGAGAAUCUGGUAGUGUUACCUGUUCUUAUAACAAUGCUUAUACAAUAACUUUAUCCCGAUCUGGUGAUGAUAGUAAUAUAGCUAACUGUUUGGUUACUAUACAAGAACAAGACUGUAAUAUCCUAAAUCCUGGACGACCAAACAAUUACACCGACUAUAGAGGAUUCUAUACAGCAUCUAAAACAACUACUAGUGUAAGUAUACAUAUUGAUACAGUAUCUAAACAAAGAGAUGAUGGUAUCUGGAGAUGUAGAGUGGAUGAACUUCCAUCUGAAUCAUUUCAAACCAAUAAAACUAUUAAUGUUAAAGUACCAGUUAAAGGUGUCGAAAUAGGAAAUAAAAACAGUCUAAAUCUAGUAAAUGGGGUGUCUACCACAAUGAAUUGUAAAGUCACCUAUAAUCCUGAUCCAGUAAUAAAUUAUAGAUGGUUUAUAGUAGAAACAAAUCAAACAUUAUCAACAUCAUCAUCUUUCCAGUUGACACCAAAUAAAAAUCAAAAUGGUCAAACUCUAUCAUGUUCAGCAGACAAUGGAUAUGGUAGUAGUAAAUCUGAUACUGUUAUUCUAGAUGUUCAGUAUAAACGAAGUAUAUUUUAUAUUACGGAUAAACCAAAUAAACCAAGUAUAUUUUAUAUUACAGACAAACGAAGUAUAUUUUAUAUUACGGAUAAACCAAAUAAACCAAGUAUAUUUUAUAUUACAGAUAAACGAAGUAUAUUUUAUAUUACAGAUAAACCAAAUAAACCAAGUAUAUUUUAUAUUACAGAAAAACCAACUGCACCAAAUCUGCCUAGUACCAUAACCAUUCAACCGCCACAAUCCAUAAUUUGUGUUGAGUGGACACCAGGAUUUAAUGGAGGAGCAUCACAAAGUUUUAUAGUUCAACAUUCUACUGAUGAUAAAAUAUGGGUCAAUUCGUCCACAAUACCAAAUGGUAUCAAUAAUGACCGAGUUGACUAUUGUAUAGAAGAAUUAGAACCAGAUACUAGUUAUUAUAUCAGAGUGAUAGCUAGUAAUAAAUAUGGUGAAAGUAUGACAGCUAGUUUUCUGGGAUUUAACAUGUCCGCCGACUGCAGUAAGAAUAUUAAUUGUGGUGACACCAAUGAUAUCAAUACUAGUUAUAGCAGUGGUUAUAACAAUGGACUUGGUGCUGGUAUUGGAAUAGGUGUAGGGAUAUCUAUAGCUAUAGCAGUGAUGGUUGCUACAGCAAUAUUUAUUUAUAGAUAUUGGUCAGGUCUGAGAUUAAUAUUAUUUGCUAAGAUUCUGGUUCUGGCAACACACUUAAAAAUUGAUAUUUGCUAUAUGGUAAUUAAAGUUAACAGAUUGUACCUAAUUAAUGUAUUUACUUGGAUUAUUGCUAGAAAAGGUUGGAAGAAGCAAACAUGUUCUCUCCUUUUAUUUAAGGCAAACGAAAGAAAGUUGAAGAAAAAUGACACACAAACAUAUCAAGAAUUAGAUACAGUCAACAAUACAGCUAGAAUACAAUCAGAUAAUAGUUCUAAUGUUGAUAGAAACGAUGCUAAUAUAGAUGAUAUUAGACCAUAUGCUAAUCUUGGUAAAAGUUAA